GGGAGGGGUCAUGUGACUCUCUGGCCGUUGGGCAGCGCGCGCGCCUGGCCCGGGAUGGCGGAGGAGUCUGCGGAGGCCUGGCUGCUGGAGUCCUUGCGGCUAUAUCAUGAUUUGCAUGUGUUUGAGCUCCAAGAGCCGACAAGAGUCAUCGAGUGGGCAGGAGAAAAAAGUGUCUGUGUAGCGGGAUAUGAAAACUCCAGAAGAAAUGAAAUUCUCCAGCUCCUGUUGCCUCAAAAACUGUAUGUGAAAGAGAAGCAGGGUGUGUGUCCCGAGAGAGAUUUCAAGGUGGAACGUGGUGGAUUUUCCGACCGCCCUGUGUACAGCCUGCGGCAUGUGCCAGACACCAGCUUGCUGGUAACAAGUGGCCCACCAGAUAGUUCCCUGCAAGUGUGGCAGUUGGCAGCGGAGGACACUGAUGUUAUUAAAUUCGUAAGUACCAUCCCCACGGGAAAUGACAGCAAGAAACCUUGGACUAAAAUUGCAACCACUUUGGCCAGAACCCCCUGUGUCCUUCAUGGCUCAAGAGUCAACAAUGUCCAAAUUACAGAGAUUGAAUCAAAGAAAAACAUCUACACAGCAGUCUCCAGUGGCAGCGAUGAGGUCAGCGGCCUGGAAUUCCUGGACUGUAAUACUUUGCUGGCCUGCUGCGUAAAGGGGCAGCUGUGCCUGGCAGAUGUUCGACAGCCGCAGAGUCCACUGGGUGAUACGUCCGUUCCUUCGGCACUCAGUGGGGAGCAGUGGUGCAUGGGUGUCGGUCCUGGUCUGCAGGGCUCUGAUGUGAAUGCCCCCACUAUAGCUCGCCUCUCGUCUGGAGGACAGCUCAUACUAACAGACUUGAGAAAUAUCCCAAAGCCUCUGAAAUCGGCCAAGUGCAAAGUUUCUGCAGCCAGCCCAAGCACAGAGUUCCUGCGCGUCUCCUGGGCUCCUGUUCUGGACGGAUGCCUUGCCAUUUCAGGCUUCAAUGGAACUGUUCACAUCUAUGACACACGGAGCUGGCCUGCGUCUGGUGGAGAAGCAGAGCCGCUGUUUAGUCACAAAGGACAUCUCUUCAGUGGCAUGGACAACGGCAGUGACUUUCCCCUGGUUACAACACAUGCUUGGCAUCCUUGGAAACCAAGAAUGUUGUUAUCAGCAGCAAGUGAUGGCUCCCUGCAUGUCUGGGACUGGGCAGAGUCUCACAAGAACAGUUGAUCUGUCUUCCUGUUAUUUACACUCUAAAAUCUGCUGCCCUUGCACGUGUAACCCUGCGUCUACGGGACACUCUAGACUGAAGAUCAUCGUUCAGAAUAAGUUUUACAAUUUGGAUUAUUUAAAACAGUAAGAAUUUUAAA